UCUGAACCCCCUGACUCACGGGGAGGGCUCUCCUUAUUCUCUGAGUCGAUGUACGCGGUUAGAACGAGUUGCACAUUUACCGAGGGAGUUUCAUGCCAGCUCUUGUUACGAGUAACCCCAGCACCUAUUGUUCCCGCCUUCCAGGCUCAGGCGGCUUCUGCCGUGAGUGAAACGGCGCCACCGUGAGGCGACCCUGGGAUGCGCCGGUGCCGCGGUGAGACGGUGCCGCCGUGUGGUGAUUCUGUGGAGAGACCAGGCUGCGAUGAGACGGUGCUGGGACGAGACGGAGCCACCGUGAGGCGACGCCGGGACGCGCCGGUGCGACGAGGGGGCGACAACGGCUGGAUGCUGCGACCGGACACCGACCCCGCGGAGCCAUCGCGCCGGGACUACGCGCGGGACUACGGCUCUGGCGGCCCCGUCGCCGCCCUCUGCCUGCGAUUGGCUGGCUGCCCCGGCAGUCCCCGCGUUUGCGCGCUGAUUGGGCGGAUGGCCGUGUGGCGGUUUUUUUGUAAGGCCGCGUCCCGGUUCUCCUCAGAGCGUUGCGGGGCGUGUGAUGGCGGCGGGAGCGGCCGGAGCCUUCCUCGGGCGGAGCUCGGGACCGGCCGGAGCGCAGGAGACAAGACACAGGGAGCUCUCAAGAGAUUCUCAGCCCAUCCCCACCCCGAGGACCCCCUGUGUGGGGCAAUCCUCGGAUGCCAACCUGCCUCCACCCACUGCCAGGGCAAUGCCGCGUCUCAGCGUGGGCUGAAAAGCCUUGAGCCGGUCGGUAACGGAGCCGGGAGAGCUGAAAUCGGUGGGCUCCCAGGCGCUUGCACCCACCACCUUUCCCUUGGACCAAGCGUGACUGGAGGAGCAUUCUCCCGGGACGGAGAAGGACCUGGCAGGUCCCUGGUGCCGUGCUGCAGUCUCGAGGUGUUCUCGACCCUGCUCGCCUUGUUGCUGGUGGAGUUGAGGGACGUGCUUGUCCCCGGAGGGUCCUGCUGUCCCCUCGGUGGCACCAGGAUGGCGGAUGCUCUUCAGGAUGCAGGCGAAGAGUCGACUGCUGCAAUGAUGCCAUCGCAGCAGAGAGCGGAGGAAGGGACCAGUUUUAGCCUCAAGUGCAUUAAAGACAAAAAGGUCCCCAUCGGGGUCACCGUGGUCAUAGCAGCAUUGCUUCUCACCAUAAUCGCGCUGGCAGCUAAGAAAUGCCCGUCCUGUCCAUCCUGUUCCUCUCCUGUCCUUCCCAGCUGCCUGGAAAAUGGGAUCGGGUACAGGGAGAAGUGCUUUUACUUUGUGGAGGACGAAACGGACUGGAACAGGAGUCAGAUCUUUUGCCGUUCUCUCAGAGCCCAUUUGGCCAUCAUUGACACCCAGGAGGAGCUGCAUUUUCUCUUGCGCUAUGGGAGUUCCUUGCACUACUGGAUCGGUCUCCACAGGGAAGGCUCUGGACCUUGGAAAUGGUCCAACGGGUCUCUCUUCAGCAACAGGUUCGAGGUCCGGGGCAAGGGCCAAUGUGCCUAUAUCAAUGCUGACGGGAUCAGCAGCGACUGGUGCUCCCAGCUGAAAUACUCUGUCUGCAGCCACCCGCAAAAGCACCCCAGUGGGAUUCAGAAGGAUUCAGAAAUCCUUCUGAAUUUCACCUGAAAUUUCCCUGUCGGCAGAGAAGAUCAACCACAAGCUGCUAUUAACCCUACACAACAUGGUAGUGAGCGUCUCGCAACAGCACAGAUUUGAUUUAAUUUUAGCUUACAGAAGCAGAAACUCCUCAUGACGAUGACACAGAGCCGUGACCAAAGGAUCCUUACUUUAGUCUGACCACUAGAGUCUUUCCAGUUUUGCAGACUUGGGAAUAUCCAAGAGGCUUGGAAAACUCUCUGCUUUGCUGGCAGGUGCCGUGCUGCAAAGCUCAGUCCUGCUGGUUUUGGUGUAUUUGUUCUUUGGUGGAUUUGGAGGAGCUGGAGGUGAGGGGCAGAAAUGCAAAGUGGAGAAACGAAACAGAAUUGCUUCCGAGUCCUGCUCUGGGAUGUGUUUUGGCAUCCCGGCGAGAUGCCCGGUACCAAGUCUGUCUCCGUUGUUCCUCAUGUUGUUUCCUCUGGCUUAAAUCUCGGUGGCCUCUUUCUGGCAAAUCCAGUGGAACAAAGUGCUGCAGAUGUGGGAGUGCAGCUGAUUCUUCCAAAUCGCGAUACAAGCGUCUGCCUUCAUGGGACCCUGCACCGGGAACCUCAAAAGCACCGUGCUGGCAAUCAGCCUGGCGUCCUGCGCUUGGGCACUGUGUUUCCAGUGACAGUAUUUAUCUCAUUGGGGUGUUUUUUCCCCCCCAAAACCCGAACCAGGUCAGCAGUUGUCCACUCAGCUGUGAGCACGGGAAGGUACCAGCCUCUUGUUUUUCCAGCUGUGUUGGGGGAGUCUGUGCUCCCCCAAAAACUUGUUUCUCCUCCCCACACCCCCAUUUGUGUAUUACUUGUCUAAUAAAUAUUAGCUCUAUCAGAA